AUGUUUAAGCACCAGAACGUUACGCCGGAUGCAGGGGCGGUGUCGCCCCACCGGACUCGGGUCACGUUUCUGGUUCGUUGCCGACAAGUUGUGGACGCGGCCGGCGAGCAGUUGGUGCUGGUCGGAGAUCAUCCAGCGCUGGGCAGUUGGGAGCCAGCGCGUGGCGUGCCGAUGACCCGUCAGGAGCGCUCAUCUACCCCGGAGCCGGUAUCGACUAGUGCGAUAGGUCAGCAGGCGCACGCAACGUUGAGCAGCUCGCAGCAGAGCUCCCGCGCAGCUUCCUGGUCGUGCGAAGUGGUGCUCGAUAACGGCUCGCAACUAAACUACAAGUACUGCAUCGUUGCUCGCGACCCAGAUUCAGGUGUCAUCGACCAGAGUCACGAGCCGCGGUUUGAGAGCUUUGAAGGGAACCGCAGGCUGAAAGUGAUGGGCAUCGCGAUGCGCGUUGAUGAUCACAACUUUGGUGAGCGCUACGACGCUACCGACGAGUCCCGCAUUCGGGUGGACUACGGCAGAGUGUUUGGCGGUUUCGAAGCUCCUCGCCAGUUAGAGGUUCCAAGUCUGGAAGGUGGCAGUGUAGGCGAGCAGCUGCCGUACAGCGGUGCAAGCUCCCUACUGGGCACGCUGCCACCGUUGACGAAUCCGCCCACGCUCAUUAUCGUGAUUUACCGUCUCCCGGUUAUUGCAAAGAGAUCGGAGCGGGGCUGGUCGUUUUCCUGGGACGAUGAUGCACUGUAUCUGACUUCGCUGGGACUUCGGCGAGGUCUCGAUGGAAAAAUUCGAAUCCUCUGGGUCGGCGUGCUGAACUGCGACGACGAAGUUCCGAUCCACGAGCAGUCACACGUUAGUAACACGCUGUAUCAGCGCUUCGGCUGUAUACCGGUGUUCCUGCCCACGGAAACCCGAAUGAAAUUCUACCAGGGCUUUUGCAAGGGCGUCCUGUGGCCGCUCUUUCAUAUGAUCACUGAGAUUAUGGACGAGGAAAAAAUGGAAACAAAGAAAUUCGAUCGAAGCUUGUGGCAUGUGUACUGCACCGUGAACCGCAAAUUCGCGGAUACCGUGGUCGCCGUGUACCACGAGCACGACCUCAUCUGGAUCCACGACUACCACCUGAUGGUGUUGCCAUCGCAGCUGCGACGGAAAUUAUCCGGAGCCAAAAUCGGUUUCUUCCUACAUACGCCCUGGCCGUCAAGCGAAAUCUAUCGAAUGUUGCCGGUGCGCGAUGAGCUUCUCCGUGGACUCCUAUCAUCAUCACUCAUUGGAUUUCAUCUCUUUGACUAUGCGCGUCACUUCCUCUCCGCCUGUGUCCGCUUGCUCAACCUGGAGCACGAGUCAUCGCGCGGUGCGCUUGCAGUGGAAUACUCGGGACGACAUGUUAUGAUUCGAGUAUCGCACAUCGGGGUGGAUCCCGACCGCUUUCGUGAACGCCUCGAACAUCCCAACGUGCGACAGGCUGCGGAGACCUUGGCCGGAGAUAUCCACGAUCGCAUCGUUCUCUGCGGUAUUGAUGAUCUGGACAUUGUUAAGGGUAUUGCGCUCAAACUGCAGGCUUUUGAAACGCUCCUCCAAACGUACCCAGGCUACCAUCGCCGCCUCGUCUUGAUGCAAGCAGCGAUCCCGAAGGCUGCGCGCGUCAAGCCCUACGUUCGCGACGAGAUUCGAUCGCUUGUGGAGCGCAUCAACGGCCGCUACGGCAGCGCAGAGUACCGCCCAGUAGUGUACAUCGAGCGAGACAUCACCUUCGACGAGCGUGUGGCCAUGUACAGUCUCGCGGAUGCUAUCUUCCUCACGCCGAUCCGCGAUGGUCUGAAUCUGGUUCCCUAUGAGUACGUCGUAUCGGCGUCCAAGAGCAAGGGUCAGCUGAUCCUCAGCGAGUUCACCGGCUGCUCACGAGCACUUUCUGGAGCAGUUCGCAUCAAUCCGUGGAAUCGAGAAGAGGUUGCCGCUGCGAUCGACUCAGUCCUGCAAAACAACGACGAAGUGAAACAGCGAAAACACGCCGCUGAUUACAGCUAUGUGUGUGAACACACAACAGCCACCUGGGCGUACUCCUUUCUGUCGGAUUUGGAGCGGGCCUCGGAGCCCGUUCGGCGACUGACCAGGCUGGGUCUGGGGUAUGGUGUAGGUGCCCGCCUGGUCGAGUUCGAAGGCUUCCAGCAUGUCUCGCCAGAGACGCUCUCGAAAGCGAUGCGCGAGUCGUCGCAUCGCCUCAUCCUGCUGGAUUACGACGGAACGCUGACCCGCGCCGACCAGCGCCAUGCGCGCAUGGCGCACGCCUGGGCGAAACCCUCGGAGACCGUCAUGCAAUACCUGGAGGCGAUUGCGGAUAAUCCCCAGAAUUUCGUAGUCAUCAUGAGUGGAAGAACCAAAGAGGUCCUAGAGCAAGCCUUCAAAGACCUUGACAAAGUCGGUCUGGCAGCUGAGCACGGGUUCUACUAUCGCUGGAACGGCUCUUGUCCGUGGCAAGAGAGCAAACCGAAUGCGGAUUUGUCGUGGAUUGAGGUUGCACACGAAAUCAUGUUAUCCUACAUGGAGCGUACCGAUGGAAGCUAUAUUGAGCGCAAGACCGCGGGUCUCGUCUGGCACUACAAGGAUGCAGAUCCGGAGUUUGGCAGUUGGCAGGCAAGCGAGAUGCACGACCAUCUGGAGUCGGUGCUCAGCUCACUGGGUGUCCAGGUAAUCUCUGGUAAUCGUUGGGUGCAGGUACGACUCCGCGACGUGAACAAGGGCAUCAUGGUGGAGACCAUUCUUCGACACUACACGCAUCCGACUGACGAGGAUCAUGCGACGAACGAGGGGUCUGCUAUGACAGCAACAACGAGUACGACGACACCUGGUAGUGCUACAGCUGCUGCUACAGCUGCUGGUCAAGAACCUGGCCAAUUGCCGGACUUUGUGCUCUGCUGUGGUGACGAUCGCACUGACGAAGACAUGUUUACGCGCAUUGAUCGCGCGUAUGAACGAUGUCCACCGGCAGUGCGCUCGCGCGUCUUCACCUGUGUCAUCGGUGUCAAGCCCAGCAACGCCCACUUCUACAUUCGGGAUUACGAAGAGAUGAUGGAGAUUUUGGCGGCACUGGCUACUGCCUCCAUGGCGGUGCGCCCGCCACGUUCAGCCACCCUGGAGGAUUUUCGUCUUUCGAUGGCAGCGGGUUCACCACUGCGUUCGGAUUUGAGAACCAGCCUGGAUAACGAUCGCAUCGCGCAUAGUCUCGACACCAGCGACGAUGCGAAUACUACUGGAGCAGGUCUUCAGCGACGCUGGGGUCCAGGACGGCUCGGAGCCUAG